UGCCAUAGCAUAUGGCAUAUAUGAAUAAUAAUUUAGUUAAAAUGUUAAUUACUGAUCAUAAUAUUUUCUUUAGUUGUUUUACGACAGUUUAUUGAUAUUUGUUUUAUUUAUAUGUUAUCAAUAUUAUUGUAUAUGAGUUUAAAACGUUGCAAAUGAUAAGCGAUAGCUGUUUCAUUACAAGCCUUAUUCAUAUUACAAAUCAUAUCGUAAAGUAGAAUAGUUGGUAUGUUGCGAUAAAUAUAACUUCAACAUUUAAAUGUCUAUUCAUAAUAAAAGUUAAAAUGGAUAUUAUAAUAAAUGUUAACAAUCAGUCCAAUGGAAGGGACAAACUUGCCAGAUUAUUUCAAUAUACGAGUCGCCUGGUCUGGCAUCAACUUGAAUCCAGAAAUGCCAAUAAAUAUUCUGUCGAUAGGAUAAAAAGCUUAGAAAAUGCUUUAGGCUCAUUUAGAAAAGUGCUCAGAAUGGGAAGAUGCAUUGACAUCUGCUACUUAGCUCUAAAUACAAUGAACAUAGAAGACCCAUUCUUGCGAAUAUCAUUAACUGUGAGCAAGAUAGCUCAUGCGUUGUACUUAUACGCUGAUCAUGUAGUAUGGCUCACAAAAAGUGGUUUCCUUAAAAGUGAUACUGACAACUGGAAUAGAACAGCCAAUAGGUUCUGGCUAUUAUCAAUUAUUGCUAAUUUAGCUAGAGAUUUUUAUGAAAUAUUACACAUAUUAGAACUAAACAGAACAAUGUUACUGAAACCCACAAACCUAUUGAGUGGUACGAUGAAACAAUUUGACUUACAAGCCAGUGUGAAGCAUACUUUCACCAUUGUAAGCUGUCAUAAAGAUAUAUUCAUUGACACAUUGAAGAAUUCCUGUGACAUUUUUAUUCCAUUAACAGCUUUGGGAUUUACUAAAUUUAGUCCUAGUGCUGUAGGAGCUUUGGGUGCAAUUUCUUCACUAGCUGCAUUAGUUACAAUGGUGAAACCAAUAACCAAACUAAUUCCAUCUUAAAGCUAGCUUUUCACUGAGGAAUGUAUUUUAUGUUACAUAACCAGAUAUAAACAGCUUUUUAAAUUAGCCAACACACGGAUACAUAUCUCUGAUAAAAGAUAUUCGGAUUAUAUACAUAUAGACACUGUCAGAUAAUUAAUAAGGGUGACUCAGACUACCAUUUGGGAAGUGCAAUGAGAUAAAAUGUUUUAUUAAAAAAAAAGAAUAGUUAUGAAUUUAACAUUGUAUUUUAAAUCUAACUAAAGAUGAUCUUUGUUAUAAAAAAAUAUGACAAUUUGUACUAUUGUAUGUAUGUACUUGGAUGUCUAAUAUAUAAAAACUAAAUGUUUGUUUUUAUUCAUAAUCUAUGUGUUUACAAAUUAUUCAUUUGAUUUUGUUAUUGUAUAUUAUUGGCGCUUGUAUCUGGCUUGUGGCAGUUGGCAUGCAUAAUAUCAUUAACAUACAAUAAGUGAAUGUGUUGUAUUGGAUAUUGUAUUCACUUAUUAUUGGGGCACAAAAAUUUUAUGAAAUUUUAAAGCUACCUAUGUAGUAAUAUUUAUUAAAUCAAAUAGUGAAAAGCCUACUUUAAAGCUAAAUAAAAUUAAGACUGAUAUGGUUAUUUUAUGUUAUUGACAUUUUAUAAAAAGUGUGUAUAAUAAAUGCAUAAUGUAAUUUUUCAUUUUAUUAGGUGUUUAUGGACUGUAACGGUUUUUAUUGGGGCAUUGUUAUUCUUAAUUUUCUUUGUCAUAAUUCAGUCAUUAGAUAUACGAAGGUUAAAAGUUAUUUUUAUCAAUGAAAUCAAGAAAGUUUUUGUUUUAUAUUAUUUUAUUAAAUUUUAUUACAAUUA